AUGAAACGUCCAGCAAUACGAAGAGCCUACACUCGGAAGAAAAGGUCUUUAAAUGAUGAAAAAACACCAUCAAAUGCUUAUGAUCGUUGGGAACGUCUUCAAUUGAUUAAUGUUAUUGAUGAACGAAUGGGGUUUGAUAGAUUGGAGACAGGACCGCCUUUAGAGGGAUGGCUUAUUAAUAUGCAUGAGACUUCAUUGCCAGAUGAUAGUCAAGGAGGAAAAUCUGCUAUGGCGUUUUAUUUUAUUCAAGAAGAUGGUAAUACAUUUAAAACAGUUAUGUCAUUCGAGCCAUAUUUUUUUGUUGCUUGUAAAACAGGUUGUGAUGUUGAAGUGGAAGCAUAUUUACGUAAAACAUUUCAAACAAUUAUUCGUAUAUCUCGUUGUGUUAAAGAAGAUCUUCAAAUGCCGAAUCAUUUAACAGGAUAUCGUCGUUUAUUUUUACAGCUAUUUUUCAAGAAUACAUCUGACCUUUUAAGUGUUCAAAAGGUUCUUGUACCUAUGGCAGAAGCAAACAAAAGAAAAAUGGAUGCAUUGGAUGUUUUAAAUGAAGUUGUAACAGCAACAUCUGAUGUGAUUCUUCAUCAAGAAACGUCUCAGUCCUCUCGUUUGAUUUUAUCAGAGGAUUAUAUUAUUGAUGCGAGGGAAUAUGAUGUGCCGUAUAGUGUUCGUGUUGCAAUGGAUAAUGACAUUCGUGUUGGAAAAUGGUAUCAUGUGAAGGUUCAGGCAGGUGUCGUAAACAUGAACACAAUUGAAGAUCGUAUUACUCGUGCGGAACCUGUAGUUCUUGUAUUUGAUAUUGAAACAACAAAAUUGCCUUUAAAAUUUCCCGAUUCAACAAUUGAUCAGAUUAUAAUGAUUUCUUAUAUGAUUGAUGGUCAAGGAUUUUUGAUCACAAAUAGAGAUGUUGUGUCCUCUGAUAUAGAUAACUUUGAAUAUACACCUAAACCUGAAUAUGAAGGUUCUUUUUGGAUAUUUAAUGAAUCUGACGAGAAAAGUUUGAUUCAACGAUUUUUUAAUCACAUCAAAGAUGUAAAACCUACGAUUAUUGCUACAUAUAAUGGAGAUGUUUUUGAUUGGCCAUUUAUUGAUGCUAGGGCCUCUAUGUAUAGCUUAAAUAUGUAUGAAGAAAUAGGAUUUAUGAAAAAUAAGAGCGAUGAAUAUCAAAGUUCAUAUUGUGUUCAUAUGGAUUGUUAUCGCUGGGUUAAAAGAGAUAGUUAUUUGCCUCAGGGUAGUCAAGGAUUGAAAGCUGUGACAAAAGCAAAAUUAGGAUAUAAUCCAAUUGAGUUGGACCCUGAAUUAAUGACAAGAUAUGCUAGCGAGAAGCCUCAGGUUCUUGCUCAAUAUUCAGUUUCAGAUGCUGUUUCAACUUAUUAUUUAUAUAUGAAAUAUGUACAUCCUUUUAUAUUUUCGUUGUGUAAUAUUAUUCCUUUAAAUCCUGGUGAUGUUUUAUCUAAAGGUACUGGAACGUUAUGUGAAAUGCUUUUAAUGGUUCAAGCAUUUAAAAAAGGAAUUAUCCUACCUAAUAAGCAUAUUGAUCGUUAUGAUAAGCAUUAUGAAGGACAUCUUUUAGAAAGUGAAACAUAUGUUGGUGGUCAUGUUGAAAGUCUUGAGGCAGGUGUUUUUCGAAGCGAUAUAUUAGAAAAAUUUAGUAUUGAUCCAAAUAUUGUUGAAAAGCUUAUAAGUGAACUUGAUCCUGCUCUUAAAUUUAGCAUUGAAGUGGAAGCUAAAAAGAAAGUUUCAGAUAUUAUUAAUUAUGAUGAAAUAAAACAACAAAUUAUUUUACAACUUGAGGAAUUUAAGAAAAAUCCUAUUAGGACGGAAUAUCCUAAAAUCUAUCAUUUGGAUGUUGCAUCUAUGUAUCCUAAUAUUAUGAUUACAAAUAGGCUUCAGCCAGAUUCUAUGAUUGAUGAGUUUAGAUGUGCCUCUUGUGAUUUCAAUAAACCUGGGAAAUUGUGUGAUAAGAAAAUGACAUGGUCUUGGCAUGGUGAUUUUUUUCCAGCUAAACGUGAUGAAUAUAAUAUGAUUAAACAUGCUCUAAGGAAUGAAUCUUUUCCUGGGAAAGUUUCAGGUACUUCAAAGAGUUUUGAUGAAUUACCUGUUUUGGAACAAUCUUCUAUUAUUCAAAAACGGUUGACAGAAUACUGUAAAAAAAUAUAUGGUAGAAUUCGUGAUUCCAGUGUAGUAGAACGGGAAACUAUAGUAUGUCAAAGAGAAAAUCCUUUUUACGUCGAUACAGUUAAAAGUUUUCGUGAUAGACGUUAUGAACUCAAAGAUUUGUUGAAACAAUGGAAACAAAAACUUGACAGUGCAUCUCCCUCAGAUCUUUCACAAAUUGAUGAAGCUCGAAAAAUGAUUGUACUAUAUGAUUCAUUACAGCUUGCUCAUAAAGUAAUUUUAAAUUCAUUUUAUGGGUAUGUUAUGCGUAAAGGUUCACGUUGGUAUUCUAUGGAAAUGGCAGGUGUUACUUGUUUAACUGGUGCCAGAAUUAUUCAAACAGCUCGUCAGUUAAUUGAGAAAGUUGGUAGGCCUCUUGAACUUGAUACUGAUGGUAUUUGGUGUAUUUUGCCAUCAACGUUUCCUCAGAACUAUUUAUUUAAUUUUUCAAAUGGGAAGACUUUUUUUAUAUCAUAUCCAUGCGUUAUGUUAAACUAUUUAAUUCAUUCACAAUUUACUAAUCAUCAAUAUCAUGAUCUUGUUGAUCAUGUUCGAUAUAAAUAUGAAGUUCGUAGUGAAAACAGUAUUUUUUUUGAAAUAGAUGGUCCUUAUAAAGCUAUGAUAUUACCUACGUCAGUAGAAGAGGACAAAACUAUUAAAAAGAAGUAUGCAGUAUUUAAUGAUGACAAUACAUUUGCAGAACUUAAAGGUUUUGAAGUUAAGCGUCGAGGGGAACUAAAAUUGAUUAAGAUUUUUCAGUCUCAAACUUUUAAAUUAUUUUUAGAGGGUACUACUCUAGAGGAAUGUUAUGGUGCUGUUGCAACUGUUGCAAACAAAUGGCUUGAUAUUUUAUAUAGUAAAGGUUCAACAUUGGCUGACGAAGAAUUAAUUGAUUUGAUAUCUGAGAAUAGAAGUAUGUCAAAAACUUUAGAAGAGUAUGGUGUGCAAAAAUCAACUUCUAUAUCAACUGCAAGACGCUUGGCUGAAUUUUUGGGUGAUCAAGUGACCAAAGAUCGUGGUUUGUUAUGUAGAUUUAUUAUAUCUUCUAAACCUAAAGAUGCUUCUAUUGUAGAAAGAGCCAUUCCAGUUGCAAUAUUUUCUGCUGAUGAAAGUAUAAAAAAGCAUUUUUUAAGAAAGUGGCUUCAUGAUAAUAGUCUUUCGGACUAUGAUAUUCGGACGAUUAUUGAUUGGGAUUAUUAUGUAAAGCGUUUAAGUUCUGUUAUACAGAAACUUAUAACAAUUCCUGCUGCGAUGCAAAUGGUAUCGAAUCCUGUUCCUCGUGUUGCUCAGCCAGAAUGGCUUCAAAGAAGACAUGCUGCUAAACUUGAUAAAUUUAAGCAACAUUCUAUAAUGAAGAGUUUUAAAGUGUUGCCUAAAGUUAUGGAAGAUAUUACUAAUACUGAUAAAAAAUCUUCUUUUAUUGAUAUUGAAGAGUUUCCUUUUCAAGAAACUAGUCAAAUUUCUUUUAAAGCAACUAAUGAACCUAAAGAAAUUACUAAGGAAGUUGACAAAGAUGAUUUUUUUGCUAUAUUAGAUCUUCCAGCUGCUGAUAUUGAUUAUGAUUAUAAGUCAUGGCUUCAACAUCAAAAAUAUAAAUGGAGGAUACAGAAACAAAACAGAGAUAGGCGUCGUCAUUUAUUUGGUCCGAAUAUUGAUGCUAAUAAUAAUCUUUUGGGGUUUUUUCGAGAUAAAGCUAUUUUUACUUAUACAAAAACAUGGGAAGUUUUAGAAUUUCAUCAAACAGAUAUAGCAGGCGAACUUCGAGCUUGGGUAUUAAUUGAUAAUGUAUUGCAUAGUAUUAAAUUGGUUAUUCCUCGAAUUAUAUAUAUUAAUUUUAAAUCUAGUGAUGUUCCGGAAUUUAACAUAGAAGAUUGUGAAAUUGAAAAGGUUUCAAAAAUUUUACCAACUGGAAAAUAUUCUGAUUAUCUUUUUGAACUUAAAAUUCCAGAACAAGUUUAUAAUAAUAAACAGAAAUCAUUAUUAAACUUUUUAAAUCAUCCAAGUAUUGAUGGUAUAUUUGAAAGCCAGAUAUCUACAAAGGAACGUGCGGUUUUGUUGUUGGGUGCAAUCUGUGAAUUUAAAGAUACAGAACAAGGUAGUUUACGAAAAGCAUUGGAAAAAGGAUUUGAUUUAACAAUGUUGAGAAAGUCUGACAAAAAUGUCUUAUAUUUAGAGAAAUUUAAUUUGAGUUUUAUAUUUUUAACUCACUUUUCUUCCGGAAAUACGCAAAUUAUUUCAAUAUUUUUUUCAAGUAAACCUAUAGCUAAUUUGUUUGUUUUGGAUAAUUCUCGUGAAACACCAGUAUUUCCGAAUUUUGAAAAACUUUAUAAAGAUUUGUUUUCUAGUUUAAAAUCUCAAGGUCUUUUUGAUGAUUUAGCUUUUCAGUAUGAUGAUUCUAUUGCGUUCAAAGUUCUUGUUUUAAAAAAUGAGAAAAAACUAUAUAAGUCUUUAUCGAAUUGUAUAAGAGAGUAUCAGACAGAAAGGCAUGGACCUACUAUUCUGAUUCAUACUUUAAAAUAUGACCAAUUAAAUCAUUUUUCUCCUAUUUUGUUUGAUUUUCCUCUUAUGAAAUUUCCUCAAGAUGAUAAUAAUAUACCAUCAUUAGGAUGGCAAACUUAUGUUGGAAAAAAAGCAAUAACGUCGUUUUUGCAUUUAUCUGCUUUUGUUUCGUAUAGGAUUAAGCUUUCUAGAUAUAGUAAUAUACCUUUUUGUGAUAUUCUGGAAGACGAUUCAAAAUUUGUCAUUGAUGUUACGUUUGCAAGGUGUCUCAUGGAGCAUAAUUAUUUGUUAUGGUGGUCAAGGUCUUCUGUUCCAGAUUAUGGGGGGCAUGAAAAAGAUUGGACGUUAUAUACACAAGAAGGAUUAGAUAUACCACUGGUUAAUAAUCCAGGGUCUUAUGAAAAUGUAUGUAUUGAACUUGAUGUUAGGAGUUUGGCUGUUUCUGCUAUUUUAAAUUCGGCUUUGGUUAAUGCAUUUGAUUCUGCUUCUGAUCAAAUACCUGAUGAAUUUUCUUUUUUAGAUAAUGAUAUAUAUAAUGGUUCUGAAAACUUUAUUGAUGUUAAUAUUUCUAGUUCUGUGAUUCUUGUUUUAAAAUUGUUGCUUAAGCAUUGGUUGUUUGAGGCUAGUACAGGUAACAGGAAUGCUGAUUUGAUGGUACAACAUUUUUUGCGAUGGGUUUCUAGUUCAGAUUCUUUUUUAUAUGAUAAUUCUCUUAAUAUUUAUGUUCAACGAAUAUUAAAGAAGGCGUUUGUAAAUUUACUUUCUGAUUUAAAAAGAUCAGGCUCAAAAAUUGUGUUUGCUAAUACAUUUCGUGUUCUUAUACAAACCAGUAAAAAAAAUCUCGAUAAUGCUUAUACAUAUGGAUCAUAUAUUAUAAAAACAAUUAGAAAUAAACCUCUUUUUAACUUUUUAGAUAUUAAUAUUAAGGAAUAUUGGGAUUAUCUUCUUUGGAUGGAUGAUGUUAACUAUGGUGGAAAAGCAUGUUUAGAAGUAAAGGAAGGGCAAAACUUGGAUACAAUAUUGCAUUGGCAUAUUGCUAAUUUUCUUCCUAAGAUCCUUCAAGAUGAGUUUAAAGCCUGGAUAGCAGAGUUUAUAUCACUUAUGUAUAAAUCGAAAAUGUCUGCAUUGGAUGAAUACUCUACUCAAUAUCAAUAUCAAGAUCAUGUAAAUAAGUCUCAAGUUUUUGAAGAGUUGGGCCAAAAUGCUAUUUUGAAUGAAAUAGCUAAACCUUUGAUUAAACGUACUUCUCUGCUAGUUCAUCAACAGAAUAAUUCUUUUAGGGAUUCAGAAUUAGCUGUAGAUUUUGAGGUUCCUAAUCUACCGGGUUCUUAUUUGGAAAUUAGUAAUCCUGUAUUGUUAUUCGUAAAAUGUAUAUGUGCUAUUUUUGAAUUGGUGAAAGAGUUUUCUUUGGAUGUAAGAAUGUUGCGAAGAGAUUUAUUAAGAACGCUGGAUAUUAGUGAAUUUAGUCCUGAAUCUAUUUUUCAAAAUCCAAGUCGAUCAUAUGUGCUUUCUGUUAUUUGUCAAAGCUGUGGUUUUUUACGUGACAUUGAUCUUUGUAGAGACAACGAUCUUUUUUCAUUUGACCAAUUUGGGAAAAGAAUGUUUGUUUUAAAAUGUACUCAGUGUUUUUCAGAAUAUAAUAAACUCGCUAUUGAAGAAAUGUUAAUUGGGAAAGUUCAACAUAUGAUGAUGAUUUAUCAAAUACAAGAUUUUCGUUGUGAAAAAUGCAAAAAAAUAAAAGAGAGUAAUUUACAAGAAUAUUGCACAUGUUCAGGCAAUUGGGUUUCUACAAUUGAUUAUUAUCAAGAUCUUUUCGCUAUAUUUAACAAUAUUGCUGUUGCGUACGAAUUUAAGAUGCUGGAAGAUCUUCUUAAUUUAUUCAAGUAA